AUGGAAAGCGUCUGGGGAGUAGAGGCAGGGACACCGGCUGAGCUGCUCGCCAGUGGACCCGGCCCCGCGUACGGGCCAGCAAGAAACAGGGUGGCCCUGGAGGCGGCGGCAACCCUCCAGGAGCACUUACCUCCGCACAAGGAGUUGCUUCUGCCCCAACCCCAACCGGGGGAAGCUGGCGACUGUGAGCAGUCCCACAGCCUAUCCUGUCCACGGAGCACUGCCCACCGGCUGCAAGCCAAGCGCAGCACCAAGGCCCAGAGGAAAGGACUCAGCCGCACAGCGUCUGGACAAAGAGUGCUGAAGCGGGUGAGCCCCUCUCUGUACCCCCUUGGCAAUAUAGGGGAGCCGCUCCUCACUGGUGCCCUCUUCUUCAAAGAAGGUUUCGUCUCCCCGCAAUCCUUUCCUAAAAGGCGCAGAACUCGGAACCGAAGCAAGCCCCUUAACGGUCAGAAUGGUGGCCAAGAGGCGGUAAGCCUGCACAGGCGCAAGCUCAAAGCACGGCUCAAAAAGUGGAAGUACAUUCAAAGCAUUCUCCAGAAACACUCGGAAAUCCCUGAGUGCGAAGAGGAGGCCAUUCUCAACCUGGCUGAAGAAGUGGAGGGUGGUGGUGACCCCGGUUCCCUGGAGACCUGGACCAUCAAAGCUCUUCUUGAAGCAGCGUCCAGCAGGGACUCUUCAGGGUUGGAGCUCCUCGCCCGCGCCGCCGAGGAUAUUAUCGACGAUCUUCAGGCUGGCAGAGAUAGCGUAAUUGCGAUCCGGUCCUCAAACAUCACCACUUGGAGGAAGGAAAUCCAGGCUUGGAUAAAGGCCAGCAAGGAGGACAUUUUCCUUCUGCAAGAGACUCACCUUAACAAGAAGGCCUACCACCAGAUGUACCGGCAAAUGACGCAGGCCGGGUAUCAGGUGUUCGGGGGUCAAGCGCACCCGUGCGAGACCAAAGGCACUAAAGGUGGAGUCUGCGUCCUCGUAAAAUCGCACAUGCAGGCGGCCUCCCAAGGCCAGCACAUUGUUGAAGGUGCAGGAAUAGAGGCGAUAUGUGUCCGCCGGGGAGGUGUUAGCCUCCUUCUCAUCAGCGUCUACCUCAAGUGCAGCACCCCGCUCGAUAUUCCUCCCAACAGCGAAAUCAUGGCAGCCCUGCUCAGCAUGCUUUCGCAGCAUAAAGGACAGUGGCUAGUCGCAGGAGACUGGAACUGCACACCGGAAGAGCUUCUCUCCACUAACAUUCUGCCCCAUAUUAAGGGUCACCUGAUCGCAACUGGAGAGGCAACGUGCCAAUCCGGUCGAGAGCUCGAUUUUUACAUCAUCAGUGCAGGCCUGCAAGGCAAGGUCAGAAGCACGGUGGACUGGACAGUGCCCCACAGGCCGCACGCUGGCCUCUGUAUUUCCCUUACCGUGCCUGGCAAAAGGGCUACUCUCCGCCAGCUUCCAUGUUUCCCCGAGGCUAUAGCUGUGGAGGAGCCUGUGUAUGAAUCCGCCAGUGUUCAAACACCCAUCAGCAUCCUCGGCCAGACCAGCAUCAACGACGUCGUGUCUCUUUCCUUUGCACGUCUGUCAGCAGCAUGCCAAAAGGCCCUCUACCCCAACGAGACAAUGCCAAGGGGAGCCAGCCUCGACUUUCUGCGAAAGCCGGCACUCAAGCCCGACCCGGUGGGGUUGUACUCCGCCCAGCCCGCGCUCUGGGCGAAGGCGGCAGCCUGGUUACUCGGCCUCACCACCGACUGUGCCCGGGCUUACCCGGCCUCCGGCGUGCAUCAGCUCAUAGGGACCCUCCUUGUGCCUGAAGGGUACGGCGCCAAGCCUGGCUGGCAAACAGACCUUUUAUGA